AUUUCUAUAUUAAGAAUCAACGAUUUUAGCGUCGUCUUCUUAAACUUUCACUAUUUAUUUAUGCUCAACUUGACAGAGUUCGAAAGUCGGUAUAAUCUCUUUCUCAAGCGGAGCGAUUGGCAUUUCUGUGUUGUUCGCUGAAAUCACGCAUUUGCAGAUCCAAAGAUUGGGCGUUGAAACAGGGGAGGUGCCUGCCAAAAUGAGGUUAUGGCUCUGUUUUCUGCUACACAUUUUACUCUUUACUGCUGCGAAAAUUAAGGCGGGACCUGCGGAAGAUUUAAUCGAUAGACUUCCGGGACAACCGGAAGUAAAUUUCAAGCAGUACGGGGGAUAUGUUACGGUAGACAAGAAGGCAGGACGGGCUUUGUAUUAUUAUUUUGUGGAAGCAGAAAAUGAUACGCAAUCCACGCCUCUUACCCUGUGGCUCAACGGAGGGCCGGGUUGUUCUUCACUUGGAGGGGGUGCAUUUACUGAGUUAGGCCCAUUUUAUCCACUUGGAGAUGGUCGAGGACUUAGGAGAAAUUCACAAUCUUGGAACAAAGUAUCAAACCUCCUUUUUGUAGAAUCUCCUGUUGGAGUAGGAUGGUCUUACUCAAACACUACUUCAGACUAUAACCGUGGUGAUGAAUCCACAGCUAUGGACAUGCUCACAUUUCUUUCAAAUUGGAUACAAAGGUUUCCCGAGUAUGCAUUUAGAGACCUAUUUUUAGCAGGAGAAAGCUAUGCAGGUCAUUAUAUACCACAAUUAGCAGCUAAGGUGAUAAAAUAUAAUGAAGGAAAUACAAGCUAUAAAUUCAACCUUAAGGGGGUACUUAUUGGUAAUCCACUACUUGUACUCAAUGUUGAUAGCAUAGCAACUUUCGACUACUAUUGGUCACAUGGAUUGACAUCUGAUGAAUCUUAUAUUUCUUUCAAGAAAAAAUGUGUUGAUAUUACAAAUUCCAACAAGGAGUGUGAUGACAUAAUAGAUGAGAUUGAAAAUGAAGUUGGUAACUAUGUUGAUCCCUAUGACGUAAUAGUUGAUAUUUGUCCCACAGAGCUUAUUGAACAAGAGCUCCGAUUACAAAAAAAGGUAACCCACAUGAGCCUUGGAACUGAUGUUUGCGUGGAUUAUGAGAGAUCAUUUUAUUUCAAUUUGCCUGAUGUUCAAAAAUCACUUCAUGCAAAUACAACAAAUUUACCAUAUGGUUGGAGCAUGUGUAGCGGCAUUCAAUUUCAUAAGGUUUUGUAAAGGAUAUCCUACUUUUUGUAAAAUCCAUCCAAACCCUUCCCGAGGUAAACAAAUAACUUGGAAAAUGUAUAAAUGCUCCAUUCCAUGAUGAAAAAGUGCCAAAA